GCGUGUCCAUGCAAAUGACGCCAUGUGUUUAACGAAGGGGGUUCGGGAAUGCUAAUGCAUAUGGAUGGCCGGGAUGUACAUAUUGAUGAAGCGGGCCGUUGAAUAUUGAUGAGUCGCGCGCUGAGCGGCUGGCGGGAGGAGACUAACAGUCGGUUAAAAGGCGGUGACAGAGGGGUGUUGGGGGGUGGGGGCUGAGGGACAGACAGAGACACACACACACACACACACACAGCAUCAUGUCCCGGCCGCAGACCGACGUGGAGAGGAGGAAGCAGAUCAGUGUGAGGGGCCUGGCCGGCGUGGAGAAUGUCGCCGACCUGAAGAAGAACUUCAACCGGCACCUGCACUUCACGCUGGUGAAGGACCGCAAUGUGGCGACCCCCCGCGACUACUACCUGGCGCUGGCCCACACCGUCCGGGACCACCUCGUCGGCCGCUGGAUCCGCACCCAGCAGUACUACUAUGAGAAGGACCCCAAGCGUAUUUAUUACCUGUCCCUGGAGUUUUACAUGGGUCGCACACUGCAGAACACGAUGGUGAACCUGGGACUCCAGAAUGCCUGUGAUGAAGCCAUCUAUCAGCUCGGUCUGGACAUGGAAGAACUGGAAGAGAUCGAGGAAGACGCUGGGCUUGGAAAUGGGGGUCUAGGCCGGCUAGCUGCAUGCUUCCUGGACUCCAUGGCGACGUUGGGUCUUGCUGCCUAUGGUUACGGCAUUCGGUACGAGUUUGGCAUCUUCAACCAGAAGAUUUCCAGUGGCUGGCAGGUGGAGGAGGCUGAUGACUGGCUGAGGUUCGGCAAUCCCUGGGAGAAGGCACGGCCCGAGUACACCAUCCCUGUCCACUUCUACGGCCGAGUGGAUCACACCUCUGAGGGGGUCAAGUGGGUGGAUACCCAGGUUGUGCUGGCUUUACCGUAUGACACCCCAGUGCCAGGCUACAAGAACAACACUGUGAACACGAUGCGACUGUGGUCUGCCAAAGCACCCAAUGAGUUUAAACUGGAAGACUUCAAUGUUGGUGGCUACAUCCAGGCAGUCCUCGACAGGAAUCUGGCUGAGAACAUCUCCCGCGUCCUCUAUCCCAAUGACAACUUCUUUGAGGGGAAAGAACUGCGGCUGAAGCAGGAGUACUUUGUGGUCGCUGCUACUCUGCAGGAUGUCAUCCGCCGCUUCAAAUCCUCCAAGUUUGGCAGUCGUGAUGCUGUCCGGACCACCUUUGAGGCAUUCCCCGACAAGGUUGCCAUUCAGCUGAACGACACCCAUCCUGCCCUCGCAAUCCCAGAACUCAUGAGGCUACUGGUGGAUAUUGAGCACUUGAGCUGGGAGAAGGCCUGGGAUGUCACGACCCGUACCUGUGCCUAUACCAACCACACGGUGCUGCCCGAAGCCCUGGAGCGCUGGCCUGUCCAUCUCUUUGAGUCACUGCUGCCGCGGCAUCUCACUAUUAUCUACGAGAUCAACAGGAGGCACUUGGAGAACGUUGCUCGGAUAUACCCAGGAGACAACGACCGACUGCGCCGCAUGUCGCUGAUCGAGGAAGGAGCUAUCAAGAGGAUCAACAUGGCUCACCUGUGCAUUGUUGGGUCUCAUGCUGUGAAUGGAGUUGCCCGCAUCCACUCUGAGAUCCUGAAAAAGACCAUCUUCAAAGAUUUUUAUGAGAUCGAGCCUGAGAAGUUUCAGAACAAGACAAACGGGAUAACCCCACGUCGCUGGCUGGUGCUGUGUAAUCCUGGCCUGGCUGAUGUCAUUGCCGAGAAAAUUGGUGAAGAUUAUAUCUUUGACCUGGAUCAAUUGAAGAAGUUGCUGUCAUUCGUCAAUGAUGAAGGGUUUAUUCGAGCUGUGGCUAAAGUGAAACAGGAGAAUAAGCUGAAAUUCUCUGUGUACCUGGAGAAGCAAUACAAGGUGAAGAUCAACCCCAACUCCAUGUUUGAUGUGCAGGUCAAGCGCAUCCACGAGUACAAAAGGCAGCUGCUGAACUGCCUCCACAUCAUCACCUUCUACAACCGCAUCAAGAAGGAGCCGAAUAAGCAGUACACUCCUCGCACCAUCAUGAUUGGAGGGAAGGCAGCCCCAGGUUACCACAUGGCCAAACUCAUCAUCAGGCUCAUCACGGCCAUCAGCGAUAUCGUAAACAAUGAUCCGAUAGUGGGUGAUCGACUGAAAGUUAUCUACCUGGAAAACUAUCGGGUGUCGCUUGCUGAGAAAGUGAUCCCAGCUUCUGACCUCUCGGAACAGAUCUCCACUGCUGGUACUGAGGCAUCAGGAACUGGUAACAUGAAGUUCAUGCUGAAUGGCGCCCUUACCAUCGGCACCAUGGACGGUGCCAAUGUGGAGAUGGCUGAGGAGGCCGGCCAGGAGAACUUCUUCAUCUUUGGCAUGCUUGUGGAUGAGGUGGACGCCAUGGACAGGAGGGGCUACAACGCCCGAUCCUACUACGAGCGUCUGCCUGAACUCAAGUUGGCCAUUGACCAGAUCAGCAGUGGAUUCUUCAGCCCAAAGGAGCCCGACCUCUUCAAGGACAUUGUCAACAUGUUGAUGCACCAUGACAGAUUCAAGGUCUUUGCUGACUAUGAGGAUUAUAUCAAAUGCCAGGAGCGUGUCAGCGCCCUCUACAAGAAUUCCAGGGAAUGGACCAAGAUGGUCAUCAAAAAUAUCGCCACUUCCGGAAAGUUCUCCAGCGACAGGACGAUCUCAGAGUACGCCCGGCAGAUCUGGGGUGUGGAGCCCAGCAAGCACAAGAUCCCGGCCCCCAACGAACCCCGGGAUUAGAGUUCCCUUGGCGGUCUUCCAUCUCUUCCUCCCCCAACACCCCUCAUCCCCCCGCACGCUGGCUCCCCUGUUUUCUCCCUCGUGUUCUCCAUGCCUGAGUGCUCACCUCUGUGCUGCUUGCGUGCUUGUCCCUCCUGGAGAGCAGCCUGCUGGUUAUUGGAGUGUAGCUUCCUUCCCUCUAAACUGUGGCUCAGAGACCUGCCCAAUAGCUGGCGCAGUUCAGUGUUGAGUGCAGGAGGGUGGAGAGCUCUCUUUGCUCCCUCAAGGCCUGCCACUAGGCCGUACAAUAACCUCUGCUCUCUUUUGCUUGGCAUGUUGCAUGCUUUGGAGGUGGGAGAAUUCCAGAAAUAAUUGUCAACGUGGCUAACUAACUAGGCUGUAGUUUUGCAUACCCACUUGGUCCUCCAGAGUUGGAGUUCUCAAUAUUUUCCACCUCUGCCCUCCCUUCAAACACCAAAUUGCAGGGUAAUGCAGCACUUGCGGCCUAGCUGACAGGCAAUAACCUGAGUUGCGUUUGCCCAGGCACACGCCCUCCUGGUGUUUUUUGCUCCCUCCCUACCCUGCCACCAACCACUGAUCAAGUUAAGAAACCAGCUGUUUUUGUUUCUGAAACCUCCCUUCGAUGUAGAGGGAGUUAGUUGGCCUUUGAGCUGAGGGCUUGUGGGUGCAGUGUAGCUUGUGGUUGAGCUGUCUUGUUUCUGGAAUGUUCUUGACUGUGUUGGGAGGUGGGCCUUUCAAAGUGCUAGGUCUUUUUUGUUUUUGCUGAAGAAAACAAAUGUAUUUUGAGAAGCAUCACAUUGCGGUCCAUCAUUAGGAUGGAGAUAGCUUGCUCUCUGAAUGCUUUGCUGAUCCACGGUUUUUAAAAAAAGAAAAUAGCUGCUGUGGUGCGCAUCCUAACCUUUGACCUCGGUCAUGGUAUAGGACCAGCAAGUUUAAGUCUUCCCUCGUGUGUAUUUAAUGUGUGAAUAACUAACUUAUUUUUAAGUGUAAAUAUUUAAAGGAAACCACACAAAAAAAAUGUAUUUAGUUCAGCUGCUGAGUGUCAGUGCAGUACCUCCUUGACCUGGCCAAGCUCUGCUCAUCUCUUCGAGAGGGUGAACGGGUUGUCCUACCACUUGAAUUUGUCCGUAGCAUGUACUUUCUCUUCAGCCCUUGUGGGCUCAAGAAAGAUCCCCUGGCGGUUUCUGGCACCAGAAGAUGAGUGUCAUUCAUAUUGGGGUUAUCUGCGCGGUGGGGACUGUAUAACUCCUUCCCCACCCCUGUCCCUUGUACUCUGCCUUUGCUUUUUGAAGAUGCUAAACAUUGUCCCCACCCAGACCCAAGUGUUUUUACAUCAAACGCUGCGGAUAUGUGUGUCUGAUCCUCUGGGAGUGACGAGAAAUAAAAUGGACUGAGUUGCGAAGCAAUUCUGACAUUUGAGAUUGCUGAAUUUCUGACCUUGUGUACUUUAUCCUUCCUCUGCCCCUACAAACGAAUCCUUCCGGGUUCUGCUUGAGAGUUUCCUAACCUCCCCAGGUGGUGCCCUAUUCAUGAUCGCUGUCCCUGUUGCCUUGUGUGAGCUGCAUGUUUUUUUCCCUGGUGCAAUAUUGCGGUGAGCGUGGCUGUCUUGACAUUCGGUUAAACACAGAAUAAAAGUGACAAUCAAAGCA